AUGUUUUCUUUGGUGCUGUUCGUUGGAUCUUCCACUGUGUGGGGCGUUCUCUCCAUAGCAAUCUAUAAGGCAGUCGAUUUUCAUCCAUUCUGCCGACGUGUCCAAACUAUUGCAGGCGCCGUUUCUAGAUUUGUUCUUCUAUCGUGGGCUGUUGUUCGCGUUUUGCUCGGAUGGUUUCGUUCCGAAUAUGGUCGCGAAGCGAAACUCGCAGGAUCUGACGCAGGUAUCGCAUCUGAAAAAUUUCAAGCUUGUUCAGUUCUCGUUUGA